AUGCCGGAAUGCACAAAAAUUGGUAACUUUCUACUUUUGCCGUGCGGCAAAACUAAAACAGUUAAUGAAAAUGCGGAACAACCAACCGCCAAAGAAAGCAACUUUGCAUCAAAAAGCAUGCAAGCGCAUAUUUUAAAUCCAAAUCUAUCGCUUACAGCAGAUGAAAAUCUCUCAAAAGAGGAGGAUCUGACACAAUUAAAAAUUUCACAGUUACGCGCUCAACUACGCGUACAUGGCUUAAGUCCUGUUGGCAAAAAGGAUGUGCUGGUGCAACGCUUGCAAAACUAUUUACAGUUAAAAGCAAAAAAUACCAUCACUCAUAAAUCAUUUGAUAUGCAAGAUGAUCAAACGAAAACAAGAAUAACGGAAGAGAAGUUAUUAAAAGAUGAAAAAUUAACAGAAGAAGGCUUUAAUUUGGCUGCAAGAAAUGAGAAACUUUCACACGAAGCACCACAAAGUGAAAUAAAUGUGUCAGAAACUAAAAUAAGUGGGGUGCAUCGCAGUUCCAUAGUUGACCAGCACACGGAAGAGCCAUCAUUGGCUAAAUUGAAUGAAUUAUCGCUCCCGCCAAUAGCAGAGAAGGCAGCAGCCAAUGCUGAUAAAGGCGUCGAAAAGUCUAAUGGACACCUAACAAGUACUUCUGAGUUAGUUGCCAGCCCAAAAAUAAGUGGCAAGAGCGCUGCUGAUGACGGAACAAAUGAUGACAACGACGAUCGUCAUGAAGACGAUGACGAGAAAUUUCAAAAUCAUUCCUACAUUAAGCAUUCGGUGGAAAAUGUGGUUGGGAAGCAAGCUGAGGGCGAUGUUUGUGUCGAGUAUAUACAGGGACUUCCACACCUAACAGUGCCGUUGCCAAGUAGAUUGGAAAAAUGCCGAUUUGCUCUAAGGCCUGUCUCACACAAAGUAGGCGAUUUAAUCGAAAUGUUGAAAAUUGAAGACCACGGUAUCGAUCGAGCGAUUGUGCUGAAUCAAAAUGGCAUACGGAUAUCCUCCACAUGCUCCAUCGAUAGCCUUAUGGAUGAGCCAUUCUGGCUGCAAAUAAAUGACAACAAAUAUGAAGUGAUCCCUCCAAAAAGGAAAAAAAUCGACUCAGAAGACUUAAAGAAUCUUAAUGAUAUUAGAACUUUAGUUGCACAAUUGUACGAAGCUUUACACGUCGGCGAAUAUCAUUUGCAAAAAGAGGAAGAGCUGGUGAAAAGAAUAGAAAAAUUAAAAUUUGAAAUUGCGCCACUAGAAAUACAAAAACAGGAGCUGGCUAGACUCGCUGAACGUAAAACCGUCGUCGCAACAUGGGUUGGACUCAGUUUGAUGGCAGUACAAUUUGGCGUUUUGGCGCGCCUCACUUGGUGGGAAUACUCUUGGGAUAUCAUGGAACCCGUCACUUACUUUGUAACCUAUGGCACAACGAUGGCCAUGUAUGCUUACUACUGCCUAACAAAAACGGAAUAUAAUUGCGAAACAGCCAGAGAUCGCAUGUUCUUGCUUACCAUACACAAAAAGGCCAAAAGAAAGCGCAUGAACAUUGAAAACUAUAAUGUUUUGAAACGCCUAAUUGCCGAAGCUGAAUACGAUUUGCGUCGGCUAAGGGAUCCCAUCAAUUUGCAACUGCCGCCACAUAUGGAUCGUGCACAGCGGCUCACACCAAUUGAGCCAUUGAGUGAUGACGGCACCGAAACACAGCACAAAACCAGCGAAAGGAAAGCCGCCGGCUUCCGACUGCCCUUCUUAGAACCGAAAAAUUAGAUAUUUGUAUGCAUACGAGUACAUAAAGCACACUUUAUCAUUUUAUGUAUGUAUUGUGUGUAUGUAAGUUUCUCACUAAACAAUGUUGAGUUGUUGAGUUUAUCGAAAGCACAAAUUAGCUUCAUGCAAAUACAGAUAUUAUUGAUGAAGGCAUAUAAGUAAAUACAAACUUACAUGCAUGCAAUUAAAUAUAUAUUUAUUUUAAGUCGCACAUGUUGCAUAAUACGAUUUGUUCGUUCAUCGUUUGUUCGUUUGUCAAGUUAUUUCAAUGUUUCAAUGCGUUCUUAUAUUCAAUCUUAAUGAAAGUUGCUAUUUUUAGCCUUAAUCCUUGUAUACCCAUAUUGAUUAGAUUGAUUAGGAGAAUUUUAAGUGGCCUUCUGAUGGUAUGUAUGUACAUAUGUGUAUUGAUAUCAGAUCGAUCGCUUCUUAUACUGAAUAGCUAAAUUUUAUUAAAUUAUUAUCGCAAGACAAUUGUUACCUGUUUGCCAACAUAUUUAUGUGAGUGAUUACAAUUAAAUAAUUCAUGUGACGGGCAAAUCAAAGACGGUAAAUUAUAUUGUAGGCAUUCAUUGUAGGUGGAUUCGUGUAAUGUGCAAAAACUUUGUACGACCACUAAAACCGCGGAUGUAUACUUUUGUGAUUAAGUGCACAAUCUUACCUGUAGAUGCAUAAAUACUUAUUUACCACUUGCAUAUGUAUAUUGUUCCUCACUUUAUGAAAUGCGGCCUUCUCACUAUAAAAUUAUAUUAUUUAUUUUUCUAAAAAGUGUAAUUUAGUUUUAAAGGUUUAUUCAAAUAAAUGUUUGUAAUUUAAUUGUUUA